AGGAUGGCAAGUGGUUAACCCCUUCACGACUAAGGGUAAAACAAAUCUAAAUGCCUAAGCACAAUUUUGCAACGUUGACAUUUGUUAGUAAAACCGAACAUAUCAUCACAACUACUUUGUACAUACAGGUGAAUUAUAGCACGUUUUUUUUCAGGACAAAGUGGGCUUUCAUUUGGUGGUAAAUGGUAAUGGAUAUCUCCUGAUUUUUUUUUAUUAUCAAGAGAAAACUGGCCCAAAAUACAGGUUUGAUUUUUUUUUUUUUUUUGU